CCGCAAGGCUCCUCCCCGGUGGAGUUUGACUCCAACGAAUGUGACGCAGCCAUUGAGGCUCCUGUUGCAAUGCCGCUUGCAUGUAGAUGCAUGAAUGGUGGAACCUGCUACACUGAUGAAGGGGGCCUGCCCAAGUGCAAAUGUCCUUAUGGCUAUGUGGGCAGCUACUGUGAGAUGGGAAAGUCGAGGGGUGCCCCAGCAGGAACAGCUGUAGCUGUUUUAUUGGCAGUCAUUAUCAUCCUGAUUACUGGAGGUUUGGCUGUUGGAGUUUUCCUCAACUACAAACGAACAGGCUCUUUCAUCCCCUCCAUGCCCAAACUACCCAGCCUCAGCAGCUUGGUGAAAUCCGCUGACACUGGGAAUGGGGUGACGUUUCGGUCGGGUGAUAAUGUGGAUCUCGGACCCUCACACGUUGGAGUGUCAUUCAUUGACACAGGCAUGCAGAUGGAUGAUCAUUUUGCCAUGGAGCCUGGGAGGCAGCCGAUUACAUUUGAGAACCCACUGUAUGCCACUGGUCACGUGUCUGGGGACCCUGCUGUUAUUCAUGCCACGCAGGUGACUGUGAAUGUGAGCGGUGAUCAGCGGGAGAACAACUUUGUAAACCCGACUUACCGUGGAGACCCGAGCGUAGGCGUGGUAAACACGUCUACCGUCAGCACCCAACCUGUCCAUGAGUCAAAGUGGAGCUUAUUCAAACGAAAAUUAAAGCCAAGCACCACAUUUGAAAACCCUUCAUAUUCAGAGAUGAGUGAUGAAAAGCCCGUAGGAAGCAGCGGGGACUCUUCUGCCCCUGAGCCAUCUCCGUUUGCCCCCCCUGCCAAACCUCAGAAGAGGGAUCGCCCCAACACCUUCUCGCCUACCGAGGACAGCUUCAAAGACACAGCCAACCUCGUUAAAGAGGACAGUGAUGUAUAACCCCUCUCUCGCGGACGGGAAUCGAAAAAUGAAACACACUUUGCACAGAAUUUAUUUUUUUAUGCAGCCUGUGUACAAAACUCAAAUCGUUUUAGGAGAGAAGUACAUCUCUAUAGAACAAAGAAAAACGUCUUCCGUGACUAUGCCUUCUGACAUUUCUUAUGCCAAUUUUGUGUUAAUGUUUUUUGUUUCUUUAUCCUGAUGUACGAUAUGUAUAUCUUUGCACUGAAGCUGCUGAUAGAAAUGUUAAUAAAUAUGUUGUAUAUUUGUAAAUUUGGACAGUAAGAUUUUUUUUCAGAAAUAUUCUGGAAUAGAUCCUAAAUAGUUCGGCGUGAAGAAAAUAACACAUAUAAAAGGCGAGCUGCAUUGUGAAUGUACAAAAUGAUCAAAGGAAAUUGGAGAAAUGCGAUGGGUAAUAAUAUCUGUUUCACCACUGAAUAUAUACCUCAUUUCACGGCUUAAUUGAAGCAAGACAGAUUCGAUUUUAUAUCUCUUCAGUAUGUGCUCCAAUAUAAACAGAUGCAUAGGCUUAAAUACGUGUGCAAAGCAUACUUUUAUCCUUCUUAAUCAAACUCAUUUUUACCUUACAUCACCUUUGCGACUUUUGAAUUGAUACGAUUGUUUUUUUAGUGAUAUUACUGAAAUGAAUAAUGGCCAAAUUAGUUUGGAACAGUACUUGAAUGUGCCCAAGUCUAUUGCGUGGAUAUGUAGUUGAUCAUCUUAAAGAGCAAUAUACAACCCAAGAAUACAGAUGUAGACAUUUUCUAAUAAGUUCUUUACAGAUUGAUCUAUGUUGUAUCAUAAUGAGGACAAAUAAAAAAUGUUAUCUGUGAGGAAAUGUCCAAAUGGAUUCAAUUUCUGCUGCUGAGACGU